AUGACCUUCAUUACUGUGGCCAGUGCCACACUUCCCAGCGUACCGCUCGACUUUCAAGGAAACCUUCAGAGAAUCCUGGAAAGCAUCCGCCUCGCGAAAAGCAAAGGAGCUAGGCUUCGCACAGGGCCGGAGCUGGAAAUUCCUGGAUAUGGAUGUCUUGACCAUCAUCUCGAGGGUGAUACCUUUUUUCACAGUUGGGAGGUCGUCGCGCAGAUCCUCAAUGAUCCUGCGACCAAAGAUAUGCUCAUCGAUGUGGGCAUGGGUGUGAGACACCGGAAUGUGCGAUAUAACUGUCGUAUUCUGCUCACAUACCAAAAAAUCUUCUUCAUCCGACCGAAAAUGAGCCUUGCUAAUGAUGGUCUGUACCGUGAGGCUCGCCAUUUCACAGCUUGGGUCAAACCAAGAACGGUCGAGACAUAUUACCUCGAGCAGGUUAUACGCAAUAUCACUGGACAGAAAACUGUACCUAUUGGAGAUGCGGUGCUUUCGACGAUAGAUACAUCGGUUGGUUGUGAGACAUGCGAGGAGCUUUUUACUCCAUUGAAUCCAUCUACCAACAUGGGCCUCAACGGUGUGGAAGUCAUCGUAAACUCGAGUGCAUCUCACGCCGAGCUAAGAAAACUCAGCACCAGACUCGCUCUGAUUCAGAAUUGUACUCGAAAGCUUGGAGGAGUAUAUAUCUAUGCAAAUGCUACUGGGAUUGAUGGUGAGGCCAGAAUGAUGUAUGAUGGCUCGUCGAUGAUCCUGAGUAAUGGACGCGUCAUGAACCAAUCCACACAGUUCUCUCUAAAACCCGUUGAGGUCAUCACUGCAACAAUUGAUCUAGAAGAGGUCCGAAGCUAUAGAAGUAGCAUUUCACGAAACGUACAGGGUGCGGCGCAGCCGGAGUACCCUCGUAUAGAGUGUGACCUUUCUCUGUCCUAUUCUUCCGACGAUAUUCUGCUCUCAGACACUUUGAAACUAUCGCGAGAAAUCUCGCUCAAAAUCCUCGACCCGAUGGAAGAAAUCUAUCGGGCGGAAGCUGCAUUUCUCUGGCAAUACCUUACGCGGGCGAACGCUGCGGGAUAUUUUCUCGCUCUCUCUGGGGGUCUCGACAGUGCGACAGUGGCACUGUUUAUUUUUGGAAUGGCAAAGGUUGUCUUGCAGCAUAUCAACGCAGGAGACAGUACCGUCUUAGCGGAUCUACGCCGAGUCACGGGAGAGCCAAACCUUACUGUUAAAACACCACAGGAGAUUGUGAAGAGACUACUCCACACAUCCUACAUGGCGACCCAACAUAGUGCAAAUCAUACGAGAUCUCGCUCCAAACGCCUCUCUGAGAAGAUCGGUGCAUAUCAUUCUGAUAUCAACAUUGAUGCUACUGUUGAAGCACACGAGAAAAUCGUAGAACAAGCCUUGAACUUCAAGCCAAGGUUCAGGGUCGAAGGAGGAAGUGCUGCAGAAAACCUUGCGAAACAGAACAUCCAAGCACGAAACAGAAUGGUCAUUGCAUAUGAGGCGAGUGAAACAUUCAACACGACUGCUCGUAAACUUCCACGGGCGGGUGCAAGUCUACUAGUUGUGUCAUCGGGCAAUGUGGAUGAAGCUCUUCGAGGCUACUUGACCAAAUAUGAUUGUUCUUCUGGUGACAUUGCACCAUUGGGGAGUAUAUCGAAAUCCGAUGCAAAGGCGUUUCUGGCGUGGGCACGCGAGAAGUGGGAUUUGCCGAUCAUAACGGAGUUCAUCGACGCCCGUCCAUCGGCCGAGCUUACGCCUCUUUCCGCCGGAGAGCAAGACGACGAGUCGGAGUCGGAGAUGGGGAUGACGUACGAUGAGUUGAGCACCUUUGGAGUUCUCCGCAAGGUCGAAAAGCUUGGCCCGUGGUCCUGCUACUUGAGACUCCUGGUCGAGUGGCGAGAUCGUCCGGGAUUCGGCCCACAGGAAGUUGCAACUAAGGUCCAACGUUUCUUCCGUUACUAUGCUCUGAAUCGGCAUAAAAGCACAGUGCUGACGCCUAGUGUUCAUAUGAGUGCAUAUAAUCCAGAUGACAACCGUCAUGAUCUCAGACCAUUCCUCUACAUCAUCGACUGGCCCUGGCAAUUUAACAAAAUUAGAAACCACGCCAACGCAUUGGUGGAGAGGUUGGCCGCCGAGGGGUCGAGAAAGUGA